AUGCGGGCUGCGGCGGGGGGCGCGGCGCCCGGCCUGGUGGCGGCGCCGGAGGAGAACGGGGUGUGCCUGGCCGUGAUGCCGUCGGGCAGGGCGGGCCUGAUGUGCGCCAACCCGAGCUGCUGGUACUUGGUCCACCCGGACCCCUCGUUCGGCGGCUAUUGCUGCAAGAAGUGCCACUGGCACGGGAAGGCCAAGAGGUCGGGCAGGGCGAAAAAGCACGGAGCGCAGUGCAUCAAGCAGGACGCCCCCGAGGGUGCGCCGCGCGCGCCGCCCGUGACACCGGACAAGCCGCUCAAGGACGCGGACCCUGGCGAUUUCGAGUCGGGGGGCGGCCCCGGCGCGGACGUCGAGUUCAGCAGCCCAGCGCGCACGGGGCACGGCCCCACCGGGUUCGGCGACGUGGCCGUCGACAGUGCGCCUAUGGGCCCCGUGGGCUGCGAGGUACGCGUGUGCGGCCUGGUGAAGCACCGGUUUUUCAACGGGCUCACCGCGCGGGUGGAGCAAGAGACCGCGGAUGGGCGCUUCGACCUCCUGCUGGCCGAUGGCACGCGGCUGCGCUGGAUCAAGGAGGAGAACUUCCAAGGUCCAGCUGGCAGCCAGGGGCCGGAGCCCCUCGCGGUGCCGGUGAGCGGGGGCACCGACGCGGGCGAAGCUGCUCCUCUGCCGCCCCAGCCGCCGCUGGGGCUGCCGCCGGGGCCUGCCUGA